AUGGGUCGCAGUUGUUCGUAUCCAGGAGGCAAAACAUUGCCCCCAGGAACUUGGAAGAACGUGCUGCAGAGAGGAGGGAGCGAGAGGGCACGACGAAUUGCCAACUCAUUUACAAUGCAAACUGCUGUGCAUUAUGGCGGCAGGCCUCCUUCUCAGGGACUCUGGUCAGACGUGUUCGAUUGUNGUGGUGGUGGUGGUGGUGGUGGUGGUGGUCGUGGUGGCGACGGUGGUGGCGGCGGCGGUGGUGGCGGCGGUGGUGGUGGUGGCGACGGUGGUGGUCGUGGUGGUGGUCGCGGCGGCGGCGGUGGCGGCUGCUACUACAGUAAUGGCGUGGCAUCUGUUACCGAUGUUGUCCUUGAUGUAUACUUUCAUUUUCACUUCUCAACCAGAAAUAAACGGCUUUAG